GCGCGAGGCGCCAGGGAGGCGCAGAGCCGUGACGCUGCUCUGAUACCAACAGCCCCCAGUUCUUCUCUACACACCUUUGAACAGAACAACUGACCUUAAUUGACAGUUUUCAUAUCUUCUUAGACAAGGAGCAGCGCAUCCAGUUCAGCUGACAAGCCAACAGUCGUUGUGGCACGAGGCCGAGGCGGGGUGGGGGUUAAUGACGUCGCAGGGGAAUGUUUUGGGAAAAGUCCUCGCGGCGGCGUGAACCUCUGAUGACCUCUAGCGACAAUCGGCUACCUCACCACAAAUCUGUGAAACAUCAAUCAUUUUUUAGUUGUCACAUGAAAUCGUACAAUUCCAGCGAAAUGUAAUAUUUGACAGAGAACAAGGCAGAAGAGAGAUGUUUCCUUGGUCUGCUGUUUUCUCCCUUGAGCCCAAAGUGCCCGGCCAGCGCACCUCUCAGGAGUUGGUAACCAAUACUCUGAUGUUAGAGCUAGGGGCCAUGGUGAAACGCACUGAACGCAUCCGUUUGGAGCGGGCAACAGAGGGUCAACGCCGCCGUCGCAGCUCCUCCUCCACUGCUGACUACAGCUGGCUGGCCACCACCCCAAUGCCACAGCCCUAUGAGCUGACACCCAACGACCUGCUGGAACUGCAGGAUCUCUGUGCCAAGAUCCCUCCUGCACAGUGUGGCCCUCUGAUCGUCAGGUUCAGGAGGCUGGUGUCGCAGAUGGAGCCUGAGGUUCACGAGGUUCCCCGGCUGUUUCGCUCAAUGCUACGCGAAUGCCUGGAUGAGGUGAACGAAAAUGAAGACAUGCCGACGCAGGACGCCGUCUUUGAUAAGCAGCAGCGCAGCAAGAGCCUCUCUUUUGUUACUUUCCGCACCAAGUUCUGCACGGGUCAGUUCUUCAAGGGCAGCAGCAUAAGAGGCUCCAGGGGCAAUCUGGAGCAGCAGGUGGAUUGGUUCGACGAGGAGGAGGAUGGAGAAGGGGAGGAGGAGGCCAUCAAGGCCAGGGCGAGGAAGGGAAGGAGCAGGAGCAUGCCAGAAAUCAGCCCUAUGGAGCAGAGUUCCCAGGGGUGAGAGAGUCAGGGGAAAGACAAUGCAAACAGGAUGGUGGGAGGGAGAAGACCUGUAGAGAUGUUAUCGUAGGGGGUGAAAAUGAGGAGUAAGACAGUGUGGGAAAGUAGAGAGAUAGGUCAAAAUACUGUAAAUAUGGGGAGGGAGAAAAACACUUGAAUGUUGAGGAAGGAGGGAAGGUAGCAUUCAGUGAAAAAAGGGACAGUAUAGAUUUGGGGAAAAAAAUCAUCAUUUGGCCUCUUUCAAACUUGAAGUCUUUAGUUCAUCCCAAAAGCAUUGCUGUUUUGGUUUUAGGAUUCUGAAGCAUGUGGUUAGCAUUUAGAUGUGUUGUCAGGUACAAACUUGAUAAAAAAAAUACUGCAGCCAUGCUAGCGGCUCUGUGAGGCUGUACUUGGGACAGGGAGAGUGGUAAUUUCAGCUAAAUGCCAACAUCUGCAUGCUAACAUGGGGAUGUUUAGCUGGCAUAGUGUUUACCAUGUUCACCAUCUUAGUUUAGCAUGUGCUAACAUUUGCUAAUUAGCACUAAACACAAAGUAGGCCUACAGCUGAGGUUAAAGGGAAUGUAGAUAGUUUUGCAGGUAUUUGCUCAUAAAGCAAAUUAUUGGACAAUUUGUUUUUACCUGAUGACCGUGCGAGAUGAAUAGUCAGAGAAUGACCAAAGGGAUUACAAUUCAUCCUUUGGGGACAUGAAUAUCUAUACCAAAUUUCAUGGAAAGCCUUUCAAUAUUUAUCGAAUCAUCUCACUCAAAACCACAAAUGUCAACCUGCUGGUGGCACUACAGGAAAUGUGAGAGGAUAACCAAAGUCAUUAAGGUUCAUCGUCUGGGGACCAUUAAUGUCUGUAGAAAAUGUCACGGCAAUCCACCCCAUAGUUGUUGAGAUAUAGAGCAACUAAAAUGUGCUGCAUGGGGUUUUGUUUGAGUAAAAUUGUCUGCAUUGCUACACAUGCUUCUCCUUAAAAGCAAACAGCUGAUGCAAGGGCUCUCUAAACAACAGCUCUGUCUCAUGAUGGUCCCUUUAAAAACAUAUUAUGCAACAGACAGGACAGCUGUUUUCUGCAGUAGAUGGGAGGGAAAGUAUAGCCAAGGCCACUUAUCUGUAUAUUCAGCAGUCACAGUUUGGCUCCAGAUCAUCCGCUCAGUUAGCGGGUGCUCUCAUAGUGUUUGUACCUUCAAGGUUGAAAGCACUUAAUUGGAAGUCGCUUUGGAUAAAAGCGUCAGCUAAAUGACAUGUAAUGUAAUGUAAUGUAAUCAUCAAGCAAAUCCUUGCAAGCAGGAAAUAACUACAAUCAUCUGUAAUCUUUUUUUUUUAUUGUGAAUAUAUGUAUUUGGGGAAAGAAAUAUAUACGAUGUUCUCAUUACUUCUAUGCGAUUAAGACGUGUUUUUCCCCCACUAAAACGUCUGUUUUUUGGUUUAAAUAUAGAUACAGUUGACUAAAUGUGACUCUUGUAUUUUUGCCCAUUUAUGUCUGUCAUGUUUACAUUUUUAAGUCUAGUAGUCUUGAAACCUUUCUACAAAAGGAAUAAAAAGAUAAAUGGACCUUCA